CUGGCCCUUAAGCAGAGAUUACACCUGAGGGGAAGAUAAGUAGAUUAUUCCAGAAACAGACAUUGCUUCAUGUUCUUCAUAAAUUAGCACCCUCAUAAAGGUAAACCAAGAAGGUUAUCCUCUCUCAGCUGGCAUCAGUAUUUAAUUACUUUUCAUAUUUCUGUCAUUUUAUUUUUUUAAUGAGAUUUGGGACUGUUCUGUGAUUGUUACCAGAAUUGCCAAUGCACAAGAGCCAGAAUGUAUUUGGAAACUAGAAGGGCUGUUUUUGUUUUUUGGAUUUUUCUCCAGGUUCAAGGAACCAAAGAUCUCUCCAUUAAAACAUACCAUUCUGAAACUAAAGAUGUAGACAAUGCCCCAAGAAUCAAAACAACUGAAAGUACUACAAAAAUGUACCAAGUGUCAACCAUGAAACGAAUAUUCGAUUUGGCCAAGCAUCGACCCAAAAGAUCAACAUUUUUCCCAGCCGGGGUUAAAGUCUGUCCACAGGAAUCCAUGAAACAGAUUUUAGCCAGUCUUCAAGCUUAUUAUAGAUUGAGAGUGUGUCAGGAAGCAGUGUGGGAAGCAUAUCGGAUCUUUCUGGACCGCAUCCCUGACCCAGGGGAAUACCAGAACUGGGUCAGCAUCUGCCAGCAGGAGACCUUCUGCCUCUUUGAGAUUGGAAAAAAUUUCAGCAACUCCCAGGAGCACCUAGAUCUUCUUCAGCAGAGAAUAAAACAGAGACACUUCCCCGAGAGAAAAGAUGAAAUCUCUACAGAGAAGACAUUAGGAGCACCUGGUGAAACCCCUGUGUUUUCUCCAGAUGUCUCCAGUGUCUCGCUUGGACCCUUCCCUCUCACUCUUGGUGACACAUUCCUCAAUGACACCAUCAUGCCUACAACAGAAAGAAAAAUAGAAUUCACUAAGGUAUACAAAGGCCCACUGGAGCAGAAGGUGGAAUUGAGCAUCACUCUAGCAAACCAGAGGUUCACGGCAGAGCUCGCUGACUCCCAGUCCCCACAUUAUCAAGAGCUGGCGGCCAAGUCUCAACUCCAGAUGCAAAAAGUAUUUAAGAAAUUUCCAGGAUUCAAAGAAAUCCAUGUGCUAGGAUUUAGACCAAAGAAAGGAAAAGAUGGUUCAAGCUCCACAGAGAUGCGACUUUUGGCCAUCUUUAAGAGAGACAUUGCAGAUUCAAAAAGCCCUGCGAGUAACCUCCUGUCUUUUGAUUCCAACAAAAUUGAGAGAGAAGGAGUCCCUCAUGGAAUGAUGGAGGAAGACAAGCAACCAGAAAUCUAUCUCACAGCUUCAGACCUCAAAAAGCUAAUCAGCAGAGCACUAGAGGAAGACAAAUCCUUGGAUGUGGAAACAAUUCAAUUCAUUGAUGAAUUGUUGGGGUCAUUGCCAGGCUCCGAUCCCGACUUCCAGUCAGUGCUGCCCACACUCCUUGCCGAUAUCACAAAGGAUGCUACUUUGAGUCCAGAACUUCCUCUUGAUCAAUCCAGGCUUGAGACAGUGGACAAAACAGGACACAGUACUUCUGACAGUUCUUGGUCUCCACCUGCUUCCCUAUCAGACACUCUACCUUUCUUUACUGCCUCAAGCAUCUUCUCUCUGACUAACCAAAGUGUCACAGACAUAAUGCCCGUCAACCAAACAGUACUAAUCCCAGGACUAACCAUCCCCACAGAUGAUUAUUCUACCAUCAGCCAAUCGGCUCUGGAAAUUUCACAGCCAUCUGCAUCAUCAGGCAGCCAGGAAGUAGUGAGAGACUUAGAUGUAAUGGAUAUAUCUGAUGCUCCUGCCUCCUCUCAGCUACCAAGAUUCAGUGGGUAUGUUUCUACCCCGGAUCGUUUCUUGGAGAAUAUCACACCUAGCCCAGCUUUACAGUACAUCACCACUAGUUCUAUGACCACUGCCAGCAAGGGCCAAGAGCUGGUAGUGUUCUUCAGUCUGCGAGUCGCUAACAUGCCCUUCUCCGACAACCUGUUCAACAAGAGCUCUCUAGAGUACCAAGCUCUGGAGCAACAAUUCACACAGCUGCUGGUUCCAUAUCUACGCUCCAAUCUUACGGGAUUUAAGCAACUUGAAAUUCUUAACUUCAGAAACGGGAGUGUGAUUGUGAAUAGCAAGUUGAAGUUUGCUAAGUCGGUGCCAUAUAACCUCACCAAGGCUGUGCAGGGGGUCUUGGAGGAUUUUCGUUCUGCCGCAGCCCAACAACUUGACCUGGAGAUAGACAGCUACUCUCUCAACGUUGAACCAGCUGAUCAAGCAGACCCUUGCAAAUUCCUGGCCUGUGGUGAAUUUGCCCAGUGUGUAAAAAAUGAGUGGACCAAGGAAGCAGAGUGUCGCUGCAGACCAGGGUAUGAGAGCCAGGCACGCCUGGACCGCCGGGACUCUGGCCUCUGCACCCCCAUAGAGGGAUGUGAGGUCAUCCAGGGAAAGGGAGCUCCGUGCAGGUCACCAGGUCACUCUAAAAAUCAAGCAUACAAAACUAGUGUUAAAAAAUUCCAACGUCAGCAAAAUAACAAGAUAAUCAGGAAAAGAGAUUCUGAAUUACUGGCUGAAGGAUAUGAAGAAUUUAACUAUCAAGAUUGGGAAGGAAAUUAAGAACUAAAAAUAUGCAGAUUAUAAUUUAAUCUGUCUCAAGAGAAAUGGAUUGCUUUCUCAAGGAAAAUUGUGUCCACUCUGUGAAAAUUCUGAAAACACAGGCAGGCAUAUUUACCGGUCAUCCGAAUCCAGGCAUAUAGUCAACAUUGAGAAACAACACACACCAUAUUUCAAAUAGGGAAGAAUUGUGAACUUGAUGACUGAUACUUUCCGCAUAAAAAAGAUGCUUAUUAUCAAAGCGCAAAACACAAUCACUGACCGAUAGUCGUGACAGCAAACCAGGUUUGCUUCCAGCUGCCCUCAAAACACUACUCACAGAUCAUUUACAAGUGCAACUUACCUAUUGUUUUGGGGAGGCUGAACAAUAUAUCAGGAAGCAAAGCUCUUCAUGUGUUACAGUGCACGUGAAAUACAUAUAUGCAAGGACAUGCAGAUCUCUCUGAAACACAGGUGUAUCCAGUAUGUAAACAGUGGUGAGGGUAUAUAUGCUCUGCACUUUAAUGUCUGUAACGCACGCACACACACACACACACACCUUCAGUUCUUCGGCACACUAGUUUUACCAGAAAUUAGUGCUUGCACAGUAGAUCGUUUUGUUGCCAAUAAUUUCUGAAUUGUUCCUUUUAUAGAAAAAGGAACUGGCAUUCAGAUAUAUAUACUAUGGGAAAUCUAACUUUUCUUGUUACCACAUAAAGCUAUUUUUUUUAACUUUAUUUUUGAGAGGGACAGAGACAGCAUGAGUGGAGGAGGGGCAGAGAGAGAGGGAGAGAGAGAAUCCCUAGCAGGUUCCAUGCUGUCAGCACAGAGCCCAGUGUGGGGCCCAAACCCACAAAACCGUGAGAUCAUGAGCUGGGCCAAAACCAAGAGUCAGACGCUCAACCAACUGAGCCACCCAGGCACCCCCCGCAUAAAGCUAUUUUAAAGGAAGACACUAUGUUGGGGGGAAAAAUUACAUUGUACUUUGUGACAUAACCAAUUCCUAUUUUCCACCACAGAGAACUGUCUUCCUAAAAUUUAAUAAUUCUAUUGAAUACUUCUUGACAUUAACUUUGCUGUAUGCACAGGUAGAUUGGCAUCAAAGUAAUCCAGUUUAGUCAGUUUUUAAACGUGCUACUUAAUGAAAAAUGAUUUCUCUGUAUCUAUUUCAAAUGUUCCACUACUAAUAUAUUUGCUGCAAAACCUUAAUUUCAAUAAAAUGUAAGCACUAUAUUCAUAGAUUUUUAAUAAAAUGGAUCUGUGUUUUAGUAGCUGUUCCCUGGAUUUGCUUUAUGGAUUAUGACACAUGAUUUUAA